AUGUUCCCUGAUGCAGUGGUCAAGCACCUACCGAGACUUGAUAAAUCUGACCACUGCCCCUUGCUGCUUGACACUGAUGGAUUUCCCCCUCCCCCAAGCCAAAUUAAACCUUUCCGUUUUGAAAGCGCCUGGCUUCUCGAUCCUAGGUUUAAGGAAUUCCUCAAAACAGAAUGGGAGAAAGUGAGGGCCAAAUACAUGACAGACUUGGGCACUUGGCAGCUGGUCUCGCUCAAUGGAAUAUGGAGACUUUUGGAAGAAAUCCUAUGGUUUCAGAAAGCCAUGACCAAAUGGAUUCAAUCAAGGGAUAGAAACACGCGAUAUUUCCACACCCUUGCUCUUGUGAGAAGAAGUAAGAAUAAAGUCAGAGCACUAAGAGAUGAGAGCGGGGCAUGGAUAACAGACCAGCAAGAACUCAAGCACAUGGCCGUUAAUCACUACAAAAACUUGUACUCCAAGACUCUCGAGGAAAGUAGGACCCCAAUAUCUCAGUUACUUUCAAAACUUGAAGAUUAUGAGGUGAUAGAUCUCCAUAGACUAGUGAAUGAAGAGGAGAUAAAAGAGGCCAUGUUUGAUAUUGGAGCUUUCAAAGCCCCAGGCCCUGAUGGAUAUCAAGAUCAUUUCUUUCACAAGAAUUGGGAAAUUGUAAGGUCAAGUGUCAUCAGACAGGUUCAAGAAGCUUUUGUAACAGGGACCUUCCCCGAGGAUCUUAACAAAACCUUGAUUACUCUCAUACCGAAAGUCAAGCAUCUUGAAACCAUCAACCAGUUGAGGCUGAUAAGCUUGUGCAACGUUGCUUAUAAAGUGAUUUCUAAGAUUAUUGUUAGCAUAUUGGAACCUCUUCUUCCCAAAUUGAUUGCUCCCACCCAAAACAGUUUUGUCCCAGGAAGACUAAUUGUUGAUAAUAUUAUUAUUGUGCAAGAGAUGUUUCACACCUUCAGAAAGAAAAAAGGGAAAGCAGGGGCCAUUGCAUGGAAGAUCGAUCUUGAGAAAGUCUAUGGCAAGAUGAAUUGGGAGUUUAUGAGGGAAAUCCUAUUGGAGAUUGGCUUUAACAGGCCCAUUUCCUAUGUUUUCUUUGCUGAUGAUCUUGUUUUAUCCUUGGAUGCUUCUAUUAAACAGGUUGAUACUAUGGUGGAAACCUUUAAGGAAUUUAAUUUGUGGUUUGGUCAAUCGGUGAGCCUUGCCAAAUCCAAAAUCUAUGUUUCAAAGAAUGUUAGAAAGUCAGAGGCCAUGGAGUUAUCAAGAAGAGCUGAAAUUCCCCUAACCAAAGACCUGGGAAAGUACUUAGGCGUUCCUCUCAUUCAUAGUAGAGUAACAAAAAAGACCUACUGGAGUAUUGUGGAGAAAGUGCAAGAGAAAUUUGCCAAUUGGAAAAUUAAUACUUUGUCACUUACUAGUAGAACAGUGCUCAUUAAGGCUGCUGCUGCUCCAGUUCCAGUAUAUACAAUGCAAACUAGUAAGCUUCCAACUGCUGUAUGUGACGAGAUUGACAAAUACUGCAGAACUUUCUUAUGGGGAAGCACGGCUGAAAAAGGAAGGUGUAAUAAGCUGAUAUGGAGCAAAUCUUCCAAUGGGGACUUCACUACCAGUAGUGCUUAUCAUACCAUUGUUGAUAGGGGAGGGGAGCAACAAACUAUAGCAAAGGAAAUUUGGAAAAUUAAAUGUCAGCCCAAAAUCCAGAAUUUCUUGUGGCUUGCGUGGAAGAACAAGAUCAUGAAUAAUGCAAAUAGAAUGGCCAGGGGUCUUACCAAUGAUGCUUGUUGCAAAAUGUGUGGAGCUACCAUUGAAAGCAUGAUCCACAUUCUCCGGGAUUGCCAUGUUGCCAAAGAUGUGUGGUUGCAGCUGUUAGGGGUUGGAGUUAAUUCUCUGUUCUUUACGUGUCCAGAAGAGGAGUGGUGGAAAUUAAAUUUGGUUCAGCAGAGAAAGAAAAUGUUUGGGUGCUGGCCAUGGCUUACUAUGUUCUCCAUCACUUAUUGGAAAUUAUGGAAGUGGAGAAAUGACUUCAGGCUCUCCAACAUAUCCACUUCCAUCAACACAAAAAUGGUCCUCAUCAACAAAGCAAUUCAGGAAACUUUGGAGCUCUCGACCCAAAGUGGUAGCACGAAAGCAAAAGUAGAGGUGCAACUAAGCUGGGACAAACCUCUCGAGGGAUGGACAAAGCUAAAUACGGAUGGUAGCCGGAACCAGACGUCCGACAAUGUUGCCAUCGGAGGUGUGAUCAGGGGACAUUGUGGAGAAUGGGUUAUUGGUUUCUCGCAGGCAAUCGGAAAGUGCUCCAUAGACAUGGCGGAGCUUUGGGCCAUUCAACAGGGGAUAUCUUUAGCAUGGAACAGGGGUAUUAGAGAAUUGGAAGUUGAAUCUAACUCGGCAACCUCUAUUAGCAUGAUCAAGAAUGGCGUCAGUCUUAACCACCCUCUAUUCUGUGUUGUGGAAGCAAUUAGAGAAAUGAUCACCAAGGAUUGGAACUGUAGAAUUAAUUAUGUCCCAAGACAAAAGAAUUUUGUGGCAGAUUGGCUAGCGAAAAACAAUAGAGAACUGUGGGAAGGGCUAUUACUUUUUCACAUCCCCCUGCUGGCAUUAUCAACAUGUUGA